AUGUCCUAUCUCGGCCCAUUCCACAUCCUCAGCUACGGCACCCUCCUCGGCGCCCAAAUCUACCAAUCCUUCAUCGGCGGCACAGUAGCCUUCAAAGCCCUCCCCCGCCCUCAAUUCUCCGCCCUCCAAAACAAGCUGUUCCCCAUCUACUUCUCUCUGCAGAGCGCACUACCACUCGCUCUCGCGCUCACAUUUCCCGGGAAGUUUGGCACGAGUGAUUUGUCGAGUAUCUCUGGCGUAUUUGCGGAUGAGAAUCGAUAUGCGGUUCUGUUGCCAUUGACGAUUAUUUCUGUGGUCGGGUUGGUGAAUAUGUUUUAUUUGACGCCUUUGGUUGGGAAGGUGAUUAAGGAGAGAUUUCAGCAGGAAUCGAUUGAUGGCAAGAAAGCAUAUGAUGCCCCACCUCAUUCUCAGAAGAUGACUGAGCUCAAUAAGAGGUUUGGCAAGUUGCAUGGUCUGUCGAGUUUGUUGAACAUGGGUGCUUUGAUUGCGACGAUUGCGUAUGGAGUGUAUCUCGGGGGUCGGUUGCACUGA